AAAGGAAUUGCAAUGGGGAGCAGGAGUAGUGAAGAUGAAUCUGAGAAUUCAUACAUACUGUAGAUGUUGCUGUUGGACACCAUCUUCUGCUUUAUCUCUGCAUCCGGAGGCACUAGGACCACGCGGGGAGGCGCAACAUAACGUUUCGGUUAUUGGGCUCGGACGACCUCAAUUUCGCACUACAGAAGUCACCAUUCAACGGAGGACAAGUAUGCUGUCUGAUAUGUUGAAAUAGGGAUCCUUGAAAAGAAGCGUUUGAAGAAACUCUACGCGACAACAGGAAUUGUACUUGCUUUGCUUUGGCGGACCUGUCACGCACCCCAGCAAAAAUCUUCACUGUGGAAAUGGGAGUAAACUUGGAAACUGGGAUACCCGGUGAACUUCCAGAAGAGGAAUCUGUAAUUUGGAUUUAAACAAGUGUUGGUCUUUAUUAACGGAUAUUGAAGUUGCCUACAUCACAGCCAUGGUUCCUAACUGGAGAUUGGGUCUGGCUCAUCCUUGCUGUAUAGGCCUGUUGUUCUUACUCCUCCUGCCCAGCUCUGUUUCAGUGAGAGAACCUCGCCAUCAGUCCCACAUCCACCGCACCUUACUGAAACCCCAUGCCACCCUCCCUCUGUCCCGCUCCCGAUUCAGCGCCAAAACUCAGCUGGACUUCACCACUCACUGCAACGAGAGCUGCUACCACAAAGCAGAAGACCUGGAUAAAGAGCACCUAGCUUUUGAAACUCUCUAUGCAGACGGCUCCCGAACUUUGACCACAGUUGAUCUGGAUGAAGUCGAUGUUGAUCCUCCUCCCAGGCAGCUCACUUCUAGACGCAAGCGGCUAAAACGACAGAUCUAUGGUGCAGACGGGCGCUUUAACAUCCGUGGUGACCACUUCCUUCUGGACUACCCGUUCUCCACAGCCGUCCGCAUCUCCACCGGCUGCACUGGAGUUCUUGUGUCUCAGCAGCAUGUCCUGACUGCCGCCCACUGCGUGCAUGAUGGGAAGGAUUACGUCAAGGGAGCCAAGAAACUUAGGGUGGGUUUUCUAAUCCCUCCAUCAGUCAACGGCACGAGGCCGGGUCAGGCUCCAGUGAAGAAACCCCUGGUGCGCUGGGUGAGAGUUAAACGCACACGGGUGCCUAAAGGCUGGAUUCAAGGUCCUCAAGAGGUCAGCAUGGAUUUUGACUAUGCUCUUCUUGAGCUGCGUUGGCCUCACAGGCGUCCCUUCAUGCGAUUAGCUGUAGCACCAACCUCAGACCACUUAGCUGGUAAACGCAUUCACUUCUCUGGCUUUGACAGCGACCGUCCUGGGGAAUUGGUGUAUCGAUUUUGUCCGGUGGAGGAUGAGUCCAACGAUUUGAUCUACCAGCACUGUGAUGCACGUCCUGGUGCGAGCGGCUCUGGCGUUUAUGGUCGUGUGUGGGAUGACAUUUUAGAGCGAUGGGAGCGGAAGGUCAUCGGGAUCUUCUCAGGCCAUCAGUGGCUGGAAAUCAAUGGCGAGAAUCGCGACUACAACGUGGCCGUUCGCUUCACUCCGCUGAAGUUUGCUCAGAUCUGUUACUGGGUUCAUGGAAAUAAGGUGGACUGCAGUCAGGACUGAGGAAAUGGGGAGAUCAGUGGAGGAAAUAGGACAUUCCUAAUUUUAGAAACUGCACUUUACCGUGUUUUACGGGUGAGGCUACUGAAUCUGAGACUAAAGAAGGUCUACGGUUGGUAGAACACUACCCACAGGCUUUUGACUUUAGAGAUGUAUCAAUAUGGAAAUCUUGGUGGAUAUUGAGCAAUCUCUUUAUUCGGAACCAGUAUAUACGCUGAUAAAAAUGAAUCUUGAUACUAAUUUUUCUGAGCCUUACUACAAAACAGAAAUAAAUACAGAGGGCAACUGAGUUCUAAGACUUUAAAUACAAAACACUGCAAGGAAACAUCCUUAUUUUCUCAAGUCCCCUUUUGCUUCAUAGUGGAAAACUCCCACGCUGCAGACAUCUUGUCUUCCCUAGGGCAUAAAUUCUUUUAAAGUGACUUGUGGAAGGCAAUGAUUAGUUUUCUUAUCAGGCUGAUAACGAUAGCUUUAUAAGCAUUAUUGGUCCAUACCAGAACGGCAGUUGAUUUAUUGUGCAUCACUUGGGUUGAGCUGGAACCGUAUUUAACCACUAUCUUUAGUUUUUGCUCACUAUACUGCCAAUGUUACACAGCUUUAGUCUGAUCGAGGCCGACAACACUGUAGAUUGAUGUUCAGUAGACAUCUGAUCUCUGUUAUAUAUGAUUCUCUCAGUCUUUCUUUCUAUACAGGUCACACUUCACACAUGCUUCAAAUUUUUGUUUGCACUUUUAGAUCGUAGAAUUGAAAAGGGUUUUCCUUUCUCCUCUCACUCCCUGGGAAUCGGUUAAUGCUAGGAUUAACAGAGUUUAUUUGAUCACCAAAGCCUUUACGAUUGUUUGCUUUUCGGUCUGUAUGAACAUGUUUCCAUGUCACACUGUGGAAUCUCAGUCAUUAAUGCCAGACUACCUGAUAAGUCUGGCCUCUUUAAAAAUGUACAUACACACAAUGACUUGUACAGAGUUUGAGCCAUUGGGUGACCGAGCCACACGAACAAAAAAGUUUAGAAUGUAAACUCACAGGUUGCCUUUUAACAUGCCAAACUUACAAUCAGUUUUGCAGAUUUUGUCUUAGGGAUCAGAGAAAUCUUUUAGGGUUUACCAAUUCUCUCUCAGAUUAAAUCAUAGCCAAAAUCCUCUGGUGAAACAAUCCUUGAACAUGGAAUAUUGUGAAAUAUGAUCACUUGAGGUGUAGCGAUUGUUAAAUUGAGAGUGCUAAUAGAUUUUCACAGUAUAUAUAUUUAAAGCAUGGAUUAAUAAUAAUAAACCUUAAAGUUAAUGCAUACAUUCAAAUAUAUAACCCAUGACUACAAUUCACUCUACCAUUGAUUUCCAAGACAGAUGAAGACUGCGUAUUGGUAGCAUUAUAGUAUGUGAUGGAAAAUAAUGUUCUAUAUUCUUUUAUGUUGGAUUAAUAUAAAGUCGGGAAACUAUUAGAACGGUUGUGGGGUAAUAGUUGAUUAUAAUUAUAUUUUUGGAAAGCUUUUAUUUUAAUAAAGUAAAAAUGUCUGUU